GCGGGCGCGGCCAGGUGCGUUGCCGGCCGGCCUACCUGGCCUCGCCUCGCCCGCCUGGCUGAGCGGCCGGAACUCCAGCGAGGCGCCGGUGCCCGAUGGAGCCUCCGCCGCCUCCUCCUCCUCCUGCGGCUGCUCCGGCCGCCCGCCCGGUCGGAGUCACCCAGCUGAAUGGGGCUGGCCUGGAGGGGUUCCACCUGACAGCCACCGUCCUACCCCAGACGCAGCCAUCUCUCCUGGCACAGGGUGCGACCCUGGCCCCUGAGCCCCCCCAGCCCCGGGAGACGUGGGGAGGGAAGUACGAAUUCCUGCUCUCCUGCCUGGGAUACUGUGUGGGGCUGGGGAACGUCUGGCGGUUCCCGUAUCUCUGCUAUCGCAAUGGAGGCGGGGUGUUUCUGAUUCCCUACACCAUCAUGCUGGUCUUCACGGGUCUGCCUCUCUUCCUGAUGGAGCUCAGCCUUGGCCAAUACGGGGCCACCGGACCCCUCAGCGUCUGGAAGUGCUGCCCCCUCUUGAAAGGGAUCGGGGUCGGCAUGCUGGUGGUCGCCUCGCUGGUCUCCCUCUACUACAACGUGAUCAUUGCCUGGACCUUCUACUACCUGAGCCAGUCCUUCCAGAGCCCCCUGCCCUGGUCCUGCGACGCCCCACACAACCGGCCCCUCUGCCGGUCUCAGAACAGGUCUUUGGCGAGCAGCCCCCCGGCCAGCCCCAGCGAGGUCUUCUGGAACCAGCGGGUGCUGGGCGUGGUGCACAGCGCCGGCCUGGGCGACCCGGGCCCCGUGAGGGGGUCCCUGGCACUGUGCCUGCUGCUGGCCUGGGCGGUCGUCUUCCUCUGCAGCCUGAAGGGCAUCCGCAGCUCGGGCAAGAUGGUGUACUUCACUGCCACCUUCCCCUACGUGGUGCUCGUGGUGCUGAUCAUCCGGGGAGCCACGCUGGAGGGCUCCGUUGAGGGCAUCCGCUUCUACCUCUCCGCAGACUGGAGCCGGCUGCAGAGCGCCCAGGUCUGGAAUGACGCGGCCUCGCAGAUCUUCUACUCGCUGGGCAUAGGCUUCGGGGGGCUGCUCUCCAUGGCUUCCUACAACAAGUUUGACAAUAACGUGAUCAGAGACACGCUGGUGAUCGGCGUUGGCAACUGCUGCACCAGCCUCUUCGCCGGCUUCGCCAUUUUCUCCAUCCUGGGGCACAUGGCCUGGCGGAAGAAGGUGUCGGUCGGAAGGGUGGCCGAUUCAGGACCCGGACUGGCCUUUGUGGCCUACCCCGAGGCCCUGGCUCUGCUGCCCGGCUCCUUCUUCUGGUCCAUCCUGUUCUUCCUGAUGCUCUUCACCCUGGGGGUGGACACGCUGCCCCCGAGAACGAAAGACGAGUCUUGUGGGACAUCCUGGCUCCACCUUCUGCUCCAUUCUUGGUCCGUCUUCGGGUCCGUCCAUUGUCGGAUGGUGCUGAGCUUCGGAGAGGGCGGCUCAGGAUCCUUAGGGAGGGGGGGGUGCUCCAUUUUCCUUGGCAAAGCCACUAAUGCUCACCUGCCUGUCCGUCAGUUCGGAAACAUGGAGGGCAUCACAACGGCAGUGAUGGACGAGUUCCCGUCGCUGCGCCGUUGGAGGCGCAAAGUCCUAUUCCUGGGAGGGCUUUGCUUGGCCUUCUACCUGCUGGGCCUGCUCUUGAUUACAGAGGGCGGCAUUUACUGGUUCACCCUCAUCGAUGCCUACAGCACCAGCUUCGGCCUCAUCAUUGUGGCGCUCUUCAUGUGCCUCGGAGUGGCCUUCUUCUACGGCGUGAACCAGUUUUGCCAAGACAUUGUCGACAUGAUCCGGCUGUGCCCACCCUGGUGUAGGCAGGUGGUGCCGUACUUCAAGGCCUGCUGGGUGAUCUUCACGCCGGGCAUGCUGCUGUUCAUUCUCCUCUACAUCUUCAUGGACCUGUCAGGCACCACACUGCACUACGGAGCAUACCGGUUCCCGCGCUGGGGCCAGGCGCUGGGUGUCUGCAUGGGGGUGCUGAGCUGCAUUCAGAUUCCGCUUUGGGCUGGCAUUGCCCUCUGCAAGGAAUCCGGGACACUGGUUGCUCGGUUCAGGAAAGCCAUCCGACCUCUGAACUCCUGGCGUUCUGCAAGCGGCCGUGAGCUGCCCCACCAGGUCAUCGACGUUCCCUACACCGUGAACUUGACAGACAGCGACUUCACGGGCAGUUGGCAACUGCCAGAUCGGAGCGAGGCCUGAUUCUGCAGGGGCCAACGCAGGAGGAGGCAUCUGUGCCCGUCCACUUACGACCUGGACCUGACCAGCCACCUUUGCUAUCCCUUGGAGGGGCCUGCAGUCAGAUCAACGCUGCGGAAGUGAUGCUGCCGCUGCUGGCUGGGAGGGCUGGCCUUGAGGAUGCUGGGGCUCCCACGUCCGCCCCCCACAAGAGAAACCUGGGGGCUGGGCCAGGGCGGUUGCUGCGCUGUUCCCGGCUGCGGUAGCCUCCCAGGGUGGGCUAGCCCCGUCUCCGAAACCAAAGAGGCCCCUGGUGCUUUGUGCCCUGUGGCAGUCCUCCUCCCCAGCCCAGAGUAUGGGAAGUCCUCAACUUACGAUCACGAUCGAGCCCAAAAUGCCAGCUGCUAAGCAAGACAGUUGUUAAAGUGAGACCUGCCCCAUUUUACAACCUUUCUUGCCACAGUUGCUAAGUGAAUCACUGCAGUUGUUAAGUUAGGAACACGGUUGACAAGUGGAUCUGGCUUCCC